GUAUGGGGGAGCAUUCACACAUUUUUAUAACCCAGAAAUUCAAGUGAUUAUGGUGACUUUACAAAUGCAUUGUGUUGGAGAGCAAUUGUAAGGUAGAAAAAGAAUGAUGAACUCUAUAGGUAAAGGGUUUAACUGUAUGUAACGAUUCUUAUGAUGCUAAAGUUGAUUUGGAUUUUAGCUGUUGUUACUACUUAAGUAGUUACUUAAUUUACAGAGAUCUCAAAAAUUGGGUGAGCUGUCUAGUGUUUUAUCCUUCCUUUUCAGACAGGGAGAAAGAAGAAGACAAGUGUCUUGUGCAAGGCUUCCAGCAAGGUGAGGCAAUAAAAGGAUUCACUGUCACAGUGACCAACUUGCCAGGUCAUUAUUUGACAUACUGAGGGGAGGAGGAACCAAGGGUCGUUUUUUCCCAUCAUUUGCGUGUUGUGACCCCUGAACUGAGGGUAUGUAGCCACUGAGCUAGAAGCUACUUGGGUAUUAUCCAGUAAUGAGCUCUGUUUACUCCAUGUGUCACUGACAUGAGUAAAAUGGAAUAUAAAGUAAGCUAUUAUUUAAAAAUUGCAGUAACUGUUCUUUGAGGGAACUCAGGAAUGUAGUUAUUAAUGAGAUUAAAAGGUAGAUUAAAAGAAUGUGUAUGUAUCUAUCCAAGGAACAUGCCUUAUAGUAGUAGGAUUUAACAAGCAUCAUCUUUAUACCCUGCCUUACAUCAGAAGCCAGAAAAAUCACUCUGUGUUACAAUAAGCAAAGCUUCUCAUCCCCCCCACUCCCCACCAACCCUGGCCCCUAGUCUGAGAAGUCAUAUGGGAAUAUGAUAAGGAGGCUGAGCUCUCUGAAGCCAGUUUUCGGCUGGUUCUGUUGGCCUGGCAGGUAUAGUCAUUUUGCCCUGCGGGUGUGGAGUAUACACGGUGGGGUGGGGGAAAGAGAGAGAAGAGUCACCCCAGACUCUGUGGCUGCUGGGAGAUCCAGAGCCUGGACACUAGAACUUGUACUUCUUUGAAAUUUUUAACAGGGAAACGCAGUGGUUAAGAAUCUACCUGCCGGGCUUCCCUGGUGGCGCAGUGGUUGAGAGUCCGCCUGCCGAUGCAGGGGACGCGGGUUUGUGCCCCGGUCCGGGAAGAUCCCACAUGCCGCGGAGCAACUAAGCCCAUGCACCACAACUACUGAGCCUGUGCUCUAGAGCCCGCGUGCUGCAACUACUGAGCCCACGUGCUGCAACUACUGAAGCCCACGCGACUAGAGCCUGUGCUCUGCAACGGGAAAGCCAUCGCAAUGAGAAGCCCGUGGACUGCAACAAAGAGUCGCCCCUGCUCACUGCAACUAGAGAAAGCCCACGCGCAGCAAUGAAGACCCGACGCAGCCAAAAGUAAAUAAGUAAAUAAAUAAAUUAAUUAAUUAAUUAAAAAUUUUUUAAAACAGAGGAAAAAGCAAAGCCAUGUGUUUUUAUAAACUUUUUCCCAUAUUAUAGAUUUGGGAGUUUUUAUACAUUUUAUUACCAAAGAUUUCUAGCUCAGUGCUUCAAAGUUUUCUACAUGAAUUUUUAAACAUGAAAAAGUGUAGACAUAUUUUAAAAUAGAGUAAAAUAGGGCAUUCAACCCUUAUGUACUGAUCACCCAGAUUUAACAGUUACCAAGAUCUUGCCAGUUACAUCAUAUAAUCUCCCAUUUCCUUUUUCUUUGCUAAAGUAUUUAAAAGCAAAUCCCAGAUAGCAUGUCAUUUUGCCCCUACAUCCUCCAGUAAACAUCUCUAGAAAAUAUGGUCAUUUUCUUGUAGAAACCAAAAUGCCAUUAUCACACCAAACAAAAUAAACUAUGAUUUCUUGGUGUCACCUAAUACCAAAUCAAAUUGUUCUGAAGGUCAAGAAUGUCUGUGGACAGUAAUUUUGUUCUAAUCAGUGAUUCACAUGAAGUUCACCCAUCACAUCUGGUUGUUGUGUCUCUUUCAGCUUUCAGUCUAGAGCGAGCAAGCCUCCUGCCCUCAUUCCCUCUUUCUCUCCAUAUCAGUGACUUACUGUAAAAACCGAGUCCUGUAGAAUAUUCCACCUUCUGGAUUUGUUUGUUUGCUCCCUUGUGGUGUCACUUAAAUUGUUUCAUUGUACCUUGAAUGGAAACCUUUCCCUCUAUUUUGAAUGUAAGUCUGAGAGGCUUAAAAACUAUUAACCUGUACUGUGUAUGGCACCGUGGAGAGAGCAGGGUACAGCGAAUAAUUGCAGUUGUCAGGACCUGAGAAUGUAGCUACUAAUUAGCAUCUAUGUGAGGAUUUGACAUAAGGUCCAUGUUAAGGGGUGUCGCAUCUGCUGGAACUCAUGAACUUUAGAGAAUCAAAGAUCCCAUAUCAGAAGUCUGUGGUAAUACUCCUUGUGGUAAAUUCCAACAGAAUGAAUCCCCAGACUUGCUCUAAGUAACUGACAUUUCAACUUAAAAGAGACAUUGCCAAAGUUGGAGGCCCCAACUUUCCUUCUGUUCCAAAUCUUUGUGAUGACAGUGGUUUCUCUGAUGUGGCAAGCUUUGGUUUCCCUCUAUUUUCCUUUUAAAUGAUCACUGGAGUAGAGGGGGUUUAAAUAGCUAUGACCUUUGACCCUUUGCAUGACCUCUAUAGAUAAUAAAUCAGGGCAGCACAUUUGACAGUGUCCUUUUCUAAAAUGAAGUUAGUGAAAGUUCUGAAAAUUGUGGUUACUCUCUGACGAUAGAAUUUAGGACAACUUUAGAUAAAUAGAAUAAGCAUGAUUCUUUAUGUUUUUGCUUGAGACAAAAAGCAGCAGCACGUAUGUUGCAUAUGGACACACACCUGACCUUCGGCAGUGUGCUGAGGUAUUGGACUACUAGUGUUAAUGUGGAGCAGUCUGUAUACGUUCUAAUCCAGAGUUUAAAAAUAUACUAGUUGAACUCUAUAACUUUCAGUUUUGUAAAAUUUCUGCAAAACAGCAAGAGGUGUAAUAGGGUUUGGAUAUAAUGUGUGAACUUUGUGUUUCAAUUCUAGUUACAUGUAACUAGGAAUGACUCCUGGUCAGAAGACUAGAGUCACCAAGCUGCCGUGCCUACUGACUGUGUGCGGCGGCUAAGGUGGUGCUGCUCAAGUCAGGGAGAGUGUAAGUUGCUGCUAAAAGGGCAGAAGAGGUGGCCCUUUAGCUUCUCAUCCAGGGUGCUUGUCCCGCCCACCUAUCCACAAGAAGAUACGGGUGAUUUCAGUAGGCCUGGAUAAGCUGGUUACUUCUGAGUCCACUCAUCAGCUGGAGUUCCAGUCCCAGACUAGAUUUCUUCAUCAGUGACUUCAGAAAACACAUUCAGGGACUUCCCUGGUGGCGCAGUGGUUAAGAAUCUGCCUGCCAAUGCAGGGCACAUGGGUUCGAGCCCUGGUCUGGGAGGAUCCCACAUGCUGCAGAGCAGCUAAGCCCGUGCACCACAACUACUGAGCCUGUGCUCUAGAGCCUGUGAGCCACAACUGCUGAGCCCAUGAGCUACAACUACUGAGCCCCAUGCCACAACUACUGAAGCCCGCACACCUAGAGCCCGUGCUCCACAACAAGAGAAGCCACUGCAAUGAGAAGCCUGCGCAUUGCAACGAAGAGUAGCCCCUGCUCACCACAACUAGCGAAAGCCCGCCUGCAUCAACGAAGACCCAACGCAGCCAAAAAUAAAUAAACAAACAAAUAAAAAGAAAACACAUUCAGCUGUGGUUGGCUGUGCUGAUACUGUACACCAAGAACAGCUGGUCUCUUCUUGACUGCUUCCAGCUAGCCAUCUUUACUCACCCCUCCAAGCAUCGUGAAAGAAUUUUUUACAUUCUUAAUCUCUUCUUCAUUUCUCCCCAGAAGUGUGCUUUGGAGCUUAAGGAGCGGAAGCAUAGUAGUGUAUCCUUGGGACUCCUGGAAAUAGAAUCCCACUAGACUCAGCUACUUGAGUGAGCGUAAGGAUCCCUGAGGUACAUUCACAUAGCACAGAUUUACCGAGGGCCUCCUAUAUGGCCCGGCGGGAUUAGGCACAUUGUUGAAUUGGGGCGGGUGGAAACAGAGAUGGGGAACUGAUUCAGGCUCUCUCUGAGCAGCUGCUCCAGGAGGCCACUGUCAGGGUGUGGGCAGGAGCCCAGAAGGCGUCAGGGGGCAUAUGACCAAAGGAGGCAGUAGGAGGAGCUUGAUCCCUGAGGGAAAGAAUAUAGACUAAGACGGUGAGGCCAAGGUUUGAAGCCUGGGGACAUUAAUCAAAGUGUUUCUUAAAGCUUUGCUGUUGAUGAUUUUAAGUGGAGAGAUUGGUAAGAUGUUAUUUCCCAGUUCAGUAUACCGCUUGCCUACAAGAGUAUUUUUCUUUGUGAGAUGGUCGUGUUCACUUGUUUCAGAAUGCCUGGGGCAGUGGAGGUGGUGACGUGGUCACCUCCUUUUAUUAUGGCCCAAGGAAUUAAGGUUCCAGGAAUUUGACCAAUUUGGCCAACUAAACAUUUAAUUCAACACAGGGCUACCCAGAAGCCUCUGUCUUGAUUUGCCUUGGAAGCCAAAGGGGCUAGGAGAAGGAGAACGAGAGAAUAUAUUAAUCCCAAGAAUUGAACAGAGCAAAAAUCCCUGUUGCUCUUGUACCUAAAACAUCUCUACCCCAAGGCCCGUCCCUUACAUUCUCAGGUGGUUUGUAUGUGCACAUUCUGUGUCCCCAGUUAGCCAGUGCUGGGCAUGGAUAACUUCUUUUUUUGUUUUUUUUUUUUUUGCGGUACGCGGGCCUCUCACUGUUGUGGCCUCUCCCGUUGCGGAGCACAGGCUCCAGACGCGCAGGCUCAGCGGCCAUGGCUCAUGGGCCCAGCCGCUCCGCGGCAUGUGGGAUCCUCCCGGACCGGGGCACGAACCCGCGUCCCCUGCAUCGGCAGGCGGACUCUCAACCACUGCGCCACCAGGGAAGCCCCAGGCAUGGAUAACUUCUGCUCUUCCUGUUUCUUGGGUUCUAGCCCCAAAGCCAUCAAAAUCUUUCCUUGUCCUUCCAGGUGUCUCCAGUGCUGUGCCCUGGCUGUGUGCUCUUGCUCUUAGAAGCCCAGAGAAUUUUGCUUUCCCCUCUUCUAUGACCCUUAACCUAUUUUAACACAUUAUUAAGGGCCUCUGUCUGUCAGUUGGGGGCACUUCCUGAAGGAGGGGCUUUUGUCUGGCCUGUCUCUCAGCUUUAGCCCAGAGCAUCACAAUUGCAGGGUGCUUGUGACUCUUUUGCUGAACAGAGGUGCUCGGUCUCCUUGGGAAGAGAGGAUCUGUGGGUAGACCAAUGGGGAGCUCUCCCCUCCAGGGGCCUGCCGGCUAGUAACAUACUGGAAUGUCCAAGAGUGACUUCAUAAAGCAACGAUGCCCUCUGUGGACACUCCUCUGAGGCCUCUUGGAAUCUAGAUGCUGAGGAGAUUCCUAAGCAGAGAUUUUCUGUUGGAUGGUAAAAGCAAGGAAUAAAAAUUGAAAAUUUGGAAAAUGUCUCAACACUUUUAUCAUCAGAACCACACAAGAGUCCGUCCUAGCUCACUGUUUGAGGAUGUGUCGCCGCUGUUCUAUGAGACGUUAUGGAAAUCUCAGAGGAAAGAUACUCAGUGUCAGGCAUUUGUGAAGAGAGUUAUAAUGAGUCGUCUCUUUAAGAUAAUUAUGAUUAGCACCGUCUCAACGAAUGCCUUUUUUAUGGUCUUGUGGACUGAUUAUAAAACAAGAUACAACUUGUUCAGACUUUUUGAGGUCUCAGAGCUCAUCUUUGUGUCCAUCUAUAGCUCCGAGUUCUGCAUGAAGCUCUACGUGGACCCCAUCAACUACUGGAAGGAUGGCUACAACCUGCUAGAUGUGAUCAUUAUCAUCAUCAUCUUCAUCCCCUACAGUCUCCGCAAGAUCAAGGGCAAGCACUACCCCUACCUCAACAUCGCCGAUGGCGUACAGUCCCUGCGCAUUCUCAAGCUUAUCCCCUAUAGCCGCGGCAUCCGGACACUCAUCAGCGCCAUGGGGCAGACAGCCUGCACCGUGGCCUCCGUGCUCGUCCUGCUCUUCGUCCUGAUGUACGUCUUCGCUGUCCUGGGCUUCUGCCUAUUUGGAGUUCCAGAGAGUGCUGACCUGAAUAACUGGGGGAACCUGGCUCUGGCCUUCUUUACCCUCUUCAGCUUGGCCACGGUCGAUGGCUGGACAGACCUGCAGCAGCAGCUGGAUGCCCGGAAUUUUACUCUGAGCCGUUCAUUCACCAUCAUCUUCAUCUUGCUUGCCUCCUUCGUCUUCCUCAGCAUGUUCGUGGGUGUGAUGAUCAUUCACACGGAGGACUCUGUCAAAAAGUUUGAGCGGGAGCUGAUGCUAGAGAGACACAUGACACUCAUGGAAGAAAAGCAUGUGAUUUUGAAGUGGCAGCAGGAGGAGGUCAGCAAGCUGAUGCAGACGCAGAAGAAUGUUGACCACAAAAGUUUCACUGAGCUGGUGGAGAAGUUUAAGAAGACCCUGCGGCACACUGACCCCAUGGUCUUGGAUGAUUUUGGCAUUAGCCUACCCUUCAUUGAUGUCUACUUGUCCACUCUGGACAACCAGGAUGCUACCAUCUACAAGCUUCAGGAGCUGUACUACGAGAUCGUGCACGUGCUGAGCCUGAUGCUUGAAGACUUGCCCCAGAGGAAGCAGUCCCAGUCCUUGGAGAAGGUCGAGGAGAAGUAGUGGGUGUGGGCACCCAGGCACCGAGGGCCUCCCAGGCUGUGACACCCUGUCCCGCCAACUAAACACAGGUUUUCUGAGUUGGCCUCUUCACGGUUGCUGUGAUCAUGGCAUUUCUCCACCUUUGGGAAUUGGGCCUGAGUAGAUGCCCAUGAAGUCUGAUUCCUCCCUCACAUGACACAGCCAGACCUUGGGAGUAGGGAGUGGGGAGAGGGAGGCUCAAGGCCCCCCCUGACCAGAAGACACACCUAGGGUCCACACUGGCUCUCUCCUCCUUUGACCCCAGCAUCAAGGACCCACCGGGUUCCUGGGUAAGCCACCUGAGGACCCUGGACCGAGAAGGGCUUCCAGCCGCCCCAUAAGAGUGCGUGGCUCCUUUGAGCUGGUGUGGCCCUACUGAUCCUGGAAGCUCUGCUGCCCUCAUCUUUGUGUGUGUGCCCACACCUGGCAGAGCUACAGCUCUCUCUGUGCACCCAGAGCCCUGGAGGCCCCUCUUUGGGGUUCUACUCUGCUUCUCCCAGGCUCACAGUGAUGGUGGUGCCCCAGGGGUGCAGCCGUGACUGGAAGGAUACUGUUGUGUGGCGUGCAGUUCAGGGGGGCACCUCAUGCAGGGGCCAGAGGACUGGCAGUAUCGGGCGCUUUGGGCUGCUCCCUCCCCUUUAGUUAGAACUCUUUACUCGAAAGGUGGCAUUUUUCUGUGUCGUCCCUGGCCACAUGACUGCCACAGCUCGCAAGGUCCUGGCGCCAUCCCGGCCCAGCCACCACGGAGCCAUCUGAAGGCCCAGGUGGGGCAGGGUGGCUGGUACCCCUUGCUCCCGACUGGCCAGACCAGAGGCCCGGCAGUGCCCCCUCUGCUCCCAUUUCUGGGGAGUGUUCUUGAGGCCUGUCACCUUGGCGGUGCCCUAUUCUUAGAGGAGACAUGAGUUCUGGGUUGAGCUGUGGGUGGGAAGCCAGCAUCUGUAGCUGGGUGCCCAGGCCCACCCUGGGGAGUCAGGUCAGUAGAAAACAUGUAGAAUUGAGAAUGGCUGGACAAGGGUCCCAUGGGGGUCCCGUGGGCUCCAGGCCUGGAUGACGGCACCCCUGAAGCCAGAGGACAAGGGCUGGUGGAAGCCUUUACUCGUGGUUUCAUUCACCCGACUACUAUUUCCUGAGCUGUGCAGGGUGCUGGGGGUUCUGUGACGAGAAAGCCACAGUCUCGUCCUGGCCCUCUUGGUGCCCACGGUUAUCUAGGGGAGACAGUCAUCCGGCCAGAACGGAUGAGAGAAAAUUUCCCUGAGGAAGUGACAAUAAUUGUGUGAAUGCAGAGAGCAUGUGUCUUCUAAGAUACUCAGAUCAUUUCCAUUUGCAAAUGAUCGCACUCAGGACCAAACUGAGAACUGUGUGAAACGGUGCCAAGAAGGAUCGCUCUGGAGCGUGAGACCCAUCGCCGUGCAGUGGGGGAGCCCUGUGAGGGCAGGGCGUCUGGCCUCGCUCCUUCCUCAGGUGGAGAGAACUUCGUGCCAGUGCCCUGGGAGGUGGCCCUGAAGUAAGCGGGGUGUGCACCCAGUACCUAACUGUGAAGGGGGCGACUCUUGGCUGGGGGCUUCCGGGGGGGCUCUGGUGGGUGCAGCCCAGUCAGCCCAGGAUGCAGGCCUCAGGCAGUGGCUCCGAUUCAGGACUGGGAUAAAGCAGACGUUGCCAACUGCCCACACUGGAUGUGCCAGUGUUGCAUGGGGGAAUGCGGAAACAUCUCCGCCUGCUGUCACUAGGAAUCGUGGGAGUUGCCCUAGGCCUCUGGGAGUGAACAAAAGAUUUAAAAACUUCUGCAGGGAGGCAAGUUAGUGAGUACCAUGGUUUUAGAGUCAGGAAACUUGGAUUCCUUAAUCAGGCGACCUCGGGCAAGGUGUCUGGUCUUUUGAAACCUCAGCUAUUUCGUCUGAGAAAUGGGCUGAUAAAACUGAUAAAACUGUUCAGCUAUAAAGAUCAAAUAAAAUACAUGUGACAGUGUAAAAAAAAAAAGAGACACAGUCAACUAUGGUUCGUGCUUCCUGGCUGUCAGCUCUGCCUCUGCUGUGAGGCCAGCUGCCGUGGGCUUUCCUGAUCAGGGGCUGAGAGGGACUGGGCCAAUGACGAGGUGGCUGGGGCGGGGGGGUGGGAGUGGUGAAAGCGUGGAGCUGAGAGCAGGAAGCAGAGAUCAGGAACCUGGGGCUGGGUGGGGGGAAUGCGUGUCCAGGUGGAGCUGGUACGGGAUGGCCGGUUGCACCUGCAGGGCCCGGUCCCAGCAGGGAAGCCCAGGCACGGGCUGUGGGGCUGUGGUGUGGGAGGGCAAGCUUCCUUUAAGGGCACAAGCAGAAGGCUUUCACAGAGCAGGGAGCUGGGAGAGGGUGAUGUGCAGACGGCUGGCUCAGCACUGCUGGCAGAACAAGCCACUGGAUAUUUGGUGUAAAGUCCCAGAGCAGCAUUUCUGUUUGGCUCUCUUUGCCUGCAGAGCAAACACUGGCAGAUUGGAAUUCCCACUUGGGCUCUCACCAACUCAAACAGGCUUGGCCAAGGCUUUCAAUUGAUUUGCUUGGGGCAGAAGUGGCUCUGCUUGCCCAGGCCUGGCUGUGGAAAGCAGGACCCUCCUCCUCCUUCCCCCAGCGUCGGGAUCCAGCAGAGCUGUCCCCAAAUGGCUCGCCCACCUUCCAUCCUGCCAGCUGGGUGGUUUGGGGCUGCAGUGGGAUACCCGGGACCUGGGUCUGAGUCUUCUGGUCACACCCAGGCCCUCCCCCAGCUCUUGUAAGAAGGAUAUGGAAUCCAAGUCUAGAGGUGUUUGGAAGGUGGCUGGAUUUUGGGGUUUUUUUUAAACUGCUUGUUGAUUCCACCAGCAGGAAGCAGUCUCUAUAAUAUGGAAAUCCAGGCAGGACUGAGACUAUAAGUGCUCCUCUUCAGUCCAACAGCCCCUAAAAAUCCAAUACUGAGACGCUGGAAACUGCACAUCUUGAUGUUUUCCCCAAAUGUGGGUGAGACAGGACACCUUGUACAAUGAACCGCCCUUCCCCAGGUCAGGAGGAGACGGCUCUGAAUUCCUAACUAGGCUACUCAGAAAGGAGAGGUAAUUGUUGCUGAUUCUAGUCACAGGGGUUGGGAAAUUAGGAGAAAGGAGCUCAGUGUGAUGGGGUGAGAGUUACCAACACACGAGCACCCUACUCUUCCCCACACCCUGCACCAAGAAUUUCGUCUGUGCUUGGUCUGCCACAUGCCGCACCUUCCCCGAGUUCUAGCUCUGAUUUCACUUAAGGCUUGGUGUGAUGCAGCCCUAGGGGGAUGGGGGAGGCAGGGCUGGAGAGCUGAAGGAAAGGGGAGCAUCUGUGCUUUCUCGGUGGGCUCCUGGCUUCUCCUUCACUGUGGAGAAGCAGGGUAAUGGGCAAGGCUCAUCGGACCUACACGAUAGGAGCCGGGACAUGGAGGAGGAAGGAAGUAAAAGCCAAGGCUGGGAGUCAGAGACUUUGGACAGAGGCUCCGACCCAGCUGGAGGGUGAGAAUGGAAAGGGGACAAAUGGAGACAGCAAGUAUCCUUGUAGGGUGACAGCUGGAUCCCCACUGAUGUUCCUUGAGAGAGGCAAAUAAUGAUGGAAAUUAUUUAGGGAUGAUUUUUGGUUGCUGAACUGUGUCUUUUAUUUAUUUAUUUGUUUUUAUUUUUAAAAAUUAAUUAAUUUAUUUAUUUUUGGCUGCGUUGGGUCUUUGUUGCUGCACAAGGGCUCUCUCUAGUUGCGGCAAGCGGAGGCUAAUCUUCAUUGUGGUGCACGGGCUUCUCAUUGCAGUGGCUCCUCUUGUUGCGGAGCACAGGCUCUAGGCAUGCAGGCUUCAGUGUGGCACACGGGCUCAGUAGUUGUGGCGCACGGGCUUAGUUGCUCCGCGGCAUGUGGGAUCUUCCCAGACCAGGGCUCGAACCCGUAUCCCCUGCAUUGGCAGACGGAUUCUUAACCACUGCGCCACCAGGGAAGCCCUGAACUGUGUCUUUUAAAAAUGGAGCCCUAUGAAGAGAUUCAACCACUUGGGGUCUGCAUGAUGUUUGGGUGACGUAAAGGGGGCGGUGUGUAAUAAGGACCUCUUAGGCUAAAAUUGGGAUAUGUUUAGAGGGCUUUACAAACCACUGACUGAGCUCCCAGCUGUGAUCUGAGGCCUCUAGGUGAAGUACCCCUGAGGGUGGUGGCACCAAAUGUGACUGGCAUUUUGCAAAAUGAAACUGAGGUCUCAAAAGGAAGGGUGGCAGAGGCCAUAGGGGGAUGAAGAGUCUGCUCUAAAACUCUGAGGAAACUGGAGGUUGACCCCAACUUUUGUAAACUGGUGAUGGGGCAAUGACCUUUCACAGCAGAGGCACCCCACUGCCCAGAGCUCGGUGUCCUGAGAGCACAGCUGCCCCUUGACUCCCUUCUUCCCCACUGGGGCCUUGAUGCCUGGGAUUGGGGCAUGAGAUGGAAAGACUCUUCAAAACAUGCUGCUGGGCCAGCGAAGGAGGAGUCCAAGCAGAGGUCAGGCCGAGGCUCCAAAGGUAUGGCCUGUUCUCUUUGGCUGUGGAAAAUACCACCUUCUGUUUUAUCAGUAGUUCUGUUUAAGACACUUUGACAUACAUGAUUUGAAUCUCAUAACAACACUUAGGUACUUUCAUUAUCCCCAUUAAACAGGUGGCAAAACUGAGGUUCAAAGAGGCAAUUAACCUACGCAAGGCUGUAUAACUAAGGGGGAAGAACCAAGCGUGUCUGGCUCUAACUGCUGCUAUAAUAGGGUGCAACGUCCUCUAGGGAAUUGUUAUCCUCACCUUAUAGGUGGGCAAGCGGCGCUCAGAGAGACUGUUACUUGGCAAGAUCAUCACUGGAGGGCAGAGUUAGUAUCUGAACGCAGACCACACAUGUACCCCUCUGCUCUACUGUCUCACAGCAGCCUUGUUUUUUCUUAUCAAAGCUAUUUUUUGAACCUUAGGAAUCAAGCCCUGAUUCCCUCCUGAGCAGGGCCUGCCUCUGGGAGGAGGGAAGGUGGUCUCUCAGACGGGUCUCAUUUAGCCAGUUUCCUGGCACCUUCUUGCUGCCUGGUGGAAGCUCUGAAGUCUGCUGGUCCAGCGGCUCCUGGCUCGGGAGCCCUGGGAGCUCCAGAGAUGGAAAGGGCAGCAGGAAGCAAUCAGUGUGUGGCACCUAAUCAGGAAAUUAUAGCUUGGGCAGAAGAGGGGUUAGGCUUAGAAGUCACCCUUCCCUGGGUUUCAGUCAAGCAGGCCCACAGGCAGGCUUGGCUGGCCGAUGGGAUGUGCUGAGCGGGCGUGAGCUCAGCAGGCAGGAUAAGCCAGCCUCGUCAUUGCUGCCCAGGAGGCUGGCUUCCUAGGUGGGGAUGAUGUAUUCCAACCUUUCUGGCCCCCUGCCUGCUCCUGUACCCACUGAUACCUCAUCAGCAAGGGGAGAAGCUGUGGGCAUCAGAGGGGGUACUUUGGGAGGUUCUUGACCUGAGUCGGUGACUUUUUACCUGAUUCUUGAAUAAGCAAGUGGAAAAGGUGUGAAAGAAGUGUCAGGUGGAAAAAGCCAGGUGCAGAACUGUACAUACGUGACACCAUUUGUAUUUAAAAAAAAAGAAGUGAGAAAUAAAUAAAACCACACACACAGUGGCAGUGAGAUACUCUUUCAGGUGGCAAGGAUGAUAGACGAAACCUAGUAUUGGCCAGGGCAUGGAGGUGGCACCCCCGUUCACUUUGGCAGUGCAGAUAGGUGUGGCUCUUUCAGAAGGCAAUGUGGUUUAGAUUUUAUGCGUGUGUUCCCAUGGCCCAACAGUUCUGCUUAUGAAAUUAUCCUGAAGAGCCAAAUGACAAAUGCACAGAGAUGCAGGGAUAAGGAUGUUUACCGUGGCCUGUUGUGAUAGAAACACAGCAAAAGAGAUCAAGGAAUUACUUAAUGCCCAUUGGUGAGCCGACUGGCUGAAUUAGUAUGAGUCCAUACAUGUGGCCCCUAAAAUAGUGAUUUGUUGAUAAGAGUAGAUGUUCUUGACAUUAUGUGAUUGAAAAAGUGGCUUCUGAAGCAGCAUGUGGUCUGCCGUCCUUUGUGUAUCACCGAGUGAGUGUACGUAGCCUAUGUGUACAUGCACGUGUGUGUGCUGAGCGAUGUCUGGAAGGAUCAUCAUGUUAGUAGUGGUUUGGUGGUCUUGACUUUGUCCUCACACUUUUCUGACCUUUUUGAAUUUUAAGAAUCAGUAUGUAGUUUACAAUCAGGAGAAACAAUACAAUUUUCAUCUUGAAAAAAAUGCUGGGAAUUCCCUGGUGGGUCAGUGGUUAGAACUCCGCGCUUUCACUACCGGGGCCCGCAUUCGAUCCCUGGUCGGGAACUAAGAUCCUGCAUGCUACACGGUGUGGCCAAAAAAAAAAAAAAAAAAAAAGUUAAGCAGUGUGCGUGGGUGUGUGUGCGUGUGCGUGCAUGCAUGUGCAUGCACAGCUGUGCCUGUGGUAGGUGGAAGGGCAUUCCAGGCAGAAGGAACCACAGGCACAAAAGAAAGAGGGUGGGAGCUGCGAAGCUGGUGUGGCCACAGCCUGCAGUAUGGGCGAGGUGGUGGGGAGAUUGGGGAAGUACAUUGAGUAUGAUCCUGAGUACCGCAGCUUGGCAAUUUGGAAGCAGGAAAGUGACCUGGCCAGAUUUGAUUCUUGCUUCCUCUCUGAGAAUGACCUGCUCCCCCUCACCUGGCAUUUAAGACUUCUCUAUUCUGUCUCCCCCUUCCUCUCCCCAUAGCUUCCAGGGCUCCCCUUUGCCCAGCUCAUUCUCACCUCCACUCCUGCGUACCCAUUCCCAUCUGCCUGUCCUUCAAGACUCAGCAUUAGGCCCUCUCUAACAGGAAGCCGUCCCAGAUUGCUCCGGUUAGCCUUGAUAUCUCCUUUUUCAUACUCUCACCCUUGAACUUUCAUAACUGACCUUAAAUCAGACCAUAAUUCCUCUAGAACCAGGACAAGGGCCGUGGACUGAGAGGUUAUGCUGUAAUACCUGGAUGCCAGUGAUGGAUAGACUGACAUCUGCCAGCAUUAGAGUCCUGAUGGGGGAGGGAGAAAGCAGGCAGCAGAGGCCCAGGAGUUAUUUUGAGCCUAUCAUGUCACAGGCACAGUGCCAAACACUGCACAUAGCUUUUCACAUUUAUCCCCAUUGUACAGAUGAGGAAACUGAGGCUUAGAGAGGUUAUGUGGCAGUAAGUGGUACGGCUCUGAGUAGAACCCAGGCUCUGUCUAACUCUAGAGCCCACACUCUUAACCUCUGUGACCUACUUGUCUCUGGUUCUCAUCCCCCCAGAGGUUGGCAGGGCUGGGCCUGUCGUGGGGCCUUCUUGUGCCUUGCUGCCCCAGACCCAGUGGAGAUGGAUUUCAGGGUGGGAGGGUGAUGCCAUCUCACUCAAGUGGUAGCUCCUGACCCAGUGGAGGAUCUGGGGCAGUGCAGCAUCCCUGCUGAGGCCUUGGGAGUGCCACUGUCCCCAGUGACAUAAAGUGAGAUAUUUCCCUGUGGGCCAGCUGGCAGGAGCAUUGUGGGGGAAUCUGGAGGGGAGGAGGCUGGGCAUGUUGACCAAGGAAGAGCUUUCCCACUCAGAGAUUCUCCAGUAGCAGGAGGUCAGUGAGAUGAUAAAGGACAAUUUUGUGCCUCUGAAGUAACAGCACACCUGAAAGCCUUACAUACUGUUUGCGUCCAUGGUCUCUUCAAACCCUGACAGCAAACCCCAAGAGGCAAGCAGGCAGACCCAGUGCCCACUGACAGAAGAGGAAACUCGGGCUCCGGGAAGGGACAGCCAGGCCCUGGGGAGGAGCCCAGCCCAGGGGCUAGAAUCCAGAGGAGCCCUGGCCUCUCCCGGGCACCUCCCCCAGCCAAGGCUCAGUGGGUAUCCUUGCCUUGAUGGACUGGGCCAGUCUCUGUGAGCCUGGGGGGCUGCCCGGGGGUGGCCUCAGUGGAGACUGAGGAAGAAGCAAGAAGCUUUGGAGGCGUGGGCACCAAGCUCGGGAGAAGCCAUGAACUGUGUGUGCCUGUACUCAGGACCAGCUUCCGAGACUCAGCAGGAGUGCUAGUUUGGGAGAUGGAGGGAGGGUCCUUGGCCACACUGUCUUGUGUGAGUGUGUGUGUGUGUGUGUGUGUGUGUGUGUGUGUGUGUUUUGUCCAAAUAUAGCCUUUAUUAGAUCAUGUCUACUCAGAGGAAGAGAGGUGUGUGCAUGAAAAGGCUGGAGGAAGGGUGGGGAUCAGCGUCCAUUCCAGUGUGUCCUGGAAAGUUCCCAGCGAGGCCACAGCGGGAGCGGUUUGGGGAAACCCUUGCUGGCCCCGCCACCACCUGGCAAACGGCAUAGUGGCCGGCUGCUUUGUGGCUGCAGUGUCUUGGAGGGUUUGCCAAGCACUUUCCGUGAAGUCACUGGGGCGUUAAGCCCUUUGUUCAAUUAAAUGGGUUAAUGUGCUCUGUCUGAUUCUGAUGAAUACUAAUAAUAUAAUGUGAUAAUGGCGGUAAUGGUGCUCUCAGCCCCGAUUAUCCCACGUGCCGCACUGUCCCAGGCACAGAGGGAGGUGCAGCUCACAUUCCCGCACACUCAGGCCUCAUUUUCCACUCAUAAAACCCCAUUCUUCAAAGCUUUUCCAGCCCAACUCCCUAUAUCCAUUUUCGGGACAAAUUACCAACACUUAAAAAAAAUUGGUCCAUUUUGCAUAAAAGCCAAGUCCAAAUUACUGUUACUUUCCCCUCUAUGUUUUGAAAUUUCAAAAAGAGAAGGGUGGGAGCUGAGGGGGACACAGGGGAUGGAGAGAGGAGGCAGACAGGGAAAGAGGGAGAAAACCGUAUGAACAGGGAAGCAAAAAUCAAGCUUUCUUGUUUCAGUAAAAACGUAUUUCUGGAAUGAUGUUUCAGUUUACUCAGGCAGAAAAAUCAGAAAUGGUGUGCUUAUUAAACAGGCUAAGUAAGCGUGACUAUUUUUAGUAGUGCAGUAAAACCUUGGUAAUUUGGACCUCUUUAAGAAAGAUUCCAUGAUCACGCUGGCUGGCAGGCACACACAGUGUGUGUGUGUGCACGCGUGUGGGUGCACGUGUGUGUGUGAAAGCAAGGUAAGAGUGUAAAUAGGCUGCUGAGUUGGAGGAUUAGGAGGGCGGGGCUGGGGAUGCAGCGAGGGGACAAAGGGGACAGGGAUGGGCACACUUACUGCUUACGAGAGCCGUUUUUAAACUGAGUUCUCUCUGCUUUGCAAUAUACAAGAGCAUUACAGAUUCUUCUUCUCUCUGAACACUCCUCUUGGCACCUACUAAUUUGGCAUCUGUUUAAAGAAGAAAGUAUUUGAAAACAAAAAUUUCACUUCUAUAAAAAUCUGUAAAGGUUUACUUGACACCACCUGUCACACUGGCCUGCCCCCAGCACGAGGCUGAAUCCUGGGGGUUGACACAUCAUCCCAGGGAGGUGAUGAAUGACCCCUCUGGGGUGAGGACAGGGACCUGUAGGCAGAAGGCCACUCCCUGUCCUGCAGAUCGCAGUUCUUUGCAUUUUUAAAAUAAUAUUUGAUGUUUCAUUCCAUCAUGACAAAAGUAAUACAUGCUUAGUGCAAAAAACUUGGAAAGGAAAAAUGAAAAAAAAAAAAAUCCCUUAUUUCCCAGCACCCAGAGGUAGCUGGUGUUAACACUUUGUUAACACAUCCAGAAAUUUCUCUGUACUUGUGUAAAAAUAAAAAUGGUACCAUGCUUAUAUAAUGUUCUGUAGCUUGCCUUGUUUAGUGUUUUGACAAAGAAACUCAGUUUUUAAAAAAAGGCAAUGGCAAACCUAUUAUUUAAUUUUAUGCUAAACUUAUAGAGAAGUCAUCGGCCCCAUUUACUUUCUCUUGGCCAUAUAGUAGACACUCAGUAGGGGACGUGUCCUUAAUGGGGUCCCACUGCUAUGCUGCACAGAGGGAUGGAAGAUGGGGUGAGGGCCACAAGGGGGUUCAGCUGUAACUGGGGCCUCAAAGGGUACCAGUUGAAGAGGGCGGCAAGGAAAGGUUUUCCAGCAAGCACCACCCCAGCUCUGGUAGUGGGUUCAGCCCCCAGGAGUCCUGGGCACCAGUCUCUGAAUGCCUCUCUGGAUAAGGUAGAGGCAUAGACACAGAUACACAUUUUUUUUAAGUGUGAUAAAAUGCACAUAACAUGAAAUUUACCAUUUUAACCUUUUUUAAAGUGCACAGUUCAGUGACAUUAAGCACAUUCAUAUUGUUGUGCAACCAUCACCACCAUCCAUUUCCAGAACGUUUUCACCAUCCCAAAAUGAAGCUCUGUACCCACUAAACACUAACUCCCCAUUCCCCUCUCCUCCCUGCGCCUGGCAACCACCAUCCUGCUUUCUGUCUGUAUGAGCUUGCCUAUUCCAGGUACCUCAUAUAAGUGCAAUCAUACAAUGUUUGUUCUUUUGUGUCUGGCCAAUUUCAUGUAGCAUAAUGUCUUCAAGGUUCAUCCAUGUAGUAGGGUCAGAAUUUCCUUCUGUUUCAAGGCUGAAUGUACAUACCACAUUUUGUUUAUUCAUCUGUUGAUGGGCAUGGGUUGCUCCUACCUUUAGGCUAUUGUCAAUGAUGCUGCUAUGAACAUGGGUGUACAAAUAUGUGUUUGAGUCCCUGCUUUUGUUUCUUUUCGGUAUGUACCCAGAAGUGGAAUUUCUGGAUAAUAUAAUAAUUCUGUUUA